AUGUCCGCAGAAGAAUUUGUUAUCUCUGCAUCUGCUGCGCUUCCAGGCACUGUCAAUGCAUCGCAGAAAGUCUACAAAGAUGACUGUAUGUACUCGUUUGAUACCGCAGAGAACAACGCCUUGGGUUUGGACGUUUGCAUGACUUGCUUCCAGGCUUUUGCCAGAGCGCCACAGAAAAACUACACGGCAGAACAUUAUGCAGAAAAGAGACACCCAUUGUAUGUCAAUAUUACCAAAACUCUCAAGCCAGAAAGUGAACGUAGGGUUUUAGAAGCAGAUACUGAUGAUUCCAAGCUGAAGAAGGCAAAGCUCGAGAUAAAGGAGCAGAAGGAAUCAGACAUUUACGACAUUGUCAAUUCGGUGUAUAUUUUGCCAUUGGAUACAUCUUUGUGUAUUGAAGACACCCCUGAGCCUGCUAAACUGUUGGCACUCCAGAUUUUACGUGCCAACUCUGCAAGCACUAACGACGAGAUCAAGGCAUGGGAACAACAGAUUUUCCCCUGCGAGCACUCGGUAGAUAUACAGACACAGGAGCCUGCCAACACAGAUUUGGCACAAUGUGCUUACUGCGACUUAAAGGAGAACCUAUGGGUGUGCUUAACAUGUGGAACUGUGGGGUGUGGCCGUGAGCAGUAUGGUUCGUCAUUGAAGGGAAAUUCCCACGCUUUGGAGCAUUUCAACUCCACGGGCCAUGCGGUGGCUGUGAAGCUCGGUUCGCUUUCCGCCGACGAUGAAGAAAGUUGUGAUUGUUACUGUUAUCUGUGCAACGACGAGGUAAAAGUGCCCGAGCUCUCGAAUAAGCUCCUCAAAUUUGGCUUGGAUUUGAAGAACUCAGUCAAAACGGAGAAGAACCUCAUUGAGUUGAAUUUAGAUACAAAUAAGAACUGGCAAUUCGACCUAGAUGGUGCGAACGGUGACAAACUCCGGCCAAUAUUUGGAAGUGGACUCACUGGGUUUCAGAACUUGGGAAAUUCGUGCUACUUGAAUUCUGUUAUUCAGGCAUUAUUCAGUCUCCCACAGUAUAGAGAGUUUUUCAAGAGCAGAUCAUUUGACAAAAGUGUUAGGGAUCCAGCCUUGGACUUGACAUCGCAAAUGAUCAAAAUCUACGAUGGCCUUCUUUCGGGUAGAUACUCCAAGCCUAACGAGUUGAAAGGCGACGACUACCAAUUGGGAAUUAAACCCUCUACGUUCAAGACCCUCGUGGGUUCAGAUCAUGCAGAAUUUAGUUCCAAUAAGCAGCAGGAUGCAUGUGAGUUCUUGCUUUACUUGCUUGACAAGCUCGACAAGGAGUUUGGACUAUCGCUUAACAAAGACUUCAAGUUCCUUGUUAGUAACAAGGUUAUUUGCUCUUCUUGUCGGUCAGGUAGCGCCACCGAAGACUUGGUGGAUAACAUUUCUGUUCCUAUCACGGAGACCUUAAUUGGGGAAGACGAGGAUGGAAAGAAAAUUUACAAAGAGGUGAAACUUGAAGAGUCGUUCCAGAAAUUUCACUCGGUCGAAGAGAUCGAGAAUUUUAAAUGUGAUUCGUGUGGCGAAACCACUACUUCAUUGAAAUCUUCGGGUUUCUUCACCUACCCCAAGAAUCUCAUUGUGAGCGUCCAGAGAAUCAAGCUUGAAAAUUGGGUGCCUGUGAAGAUCGAUGUUCCUAUUACCGUUCCUGAAGAAAUUGAUCUUUCUGCUUACGGCGCUCCCAAAUUUGAAGAGGGAGAAACCAAGAUCGACCAUACUUCUUCCACCCAGCCUGCCGAGUUUGUACCUAAUCCAGAGGCCUUAUCCAUGCUUUUGAGCAUGGGAUUUAGCGAGCCCAGGUGUCUUCGUGGCUUGUAUAACACUGGCAACAAGGAUGCGGAAGAGGCUAUGAAUUGGGUUUUCGCCCACAUGGAUGAUGCUGACAUUGACACUCCAUUCAAUCCCGCGGAGGAAUCUUCAGCUACCGAUAGUGGUAGCUCGAACGAGCCGUCGGCUGAAUCCAUUGAAAAUUUGGUUGCAAUGGGAUUCAGUCAACAACUUGCAAAGAAGGCCUUGGUGGUGAACAGCAACGAUGUUAAUGCUUCUGUGGAAUGGCUUUUCAACAACCCAGAUGAUGAUGGAGUGAUUGAGAACACGAAAUCGGUGAUUAAUGUCCAAAAGGAAGCCGAUGACCUCAAGAAGCAACUAUUACAAUCGACCCCAUCUAGCACUAACUACAAGUUAAAGGCUGUAGUUUGUCACAAGGGUUCUUCGCCUCACACCGGGCAUUACGUUGUAUUUAUCAGAAUCGAAGGCAAAUGGGUUCUCUUCAAUGAUGAGAAGGUUGUUGAAUGUGAUGAGUCUAACCUUGAAGACAUGCGGAACAACGGGUACAUUUACUUCUUCAACUCCGAGUAG